GCGGGGCGGGCGCGGAGCGGCGGCGGCAGAGCGGCGGCAGCGGCGGCAUGGAGCGGGCACGGGGAAUCUUCGGGGGACCCAAGGUAGAGCUUCACGUCCACCUGGAUGGAGCCAUCAGACCAGAGACCAUCCUGUACUUUGGCAAGAAAAGAGGCAUCCCUCUCCCUGGCAAUACUGUUGAAGAGCUCCUGAAGUAUGUCAGCUAUGACACACCACUGACACUUCCCCAGUUUCUAGAGAAGUUUAAUUACUACAUGCCUGCCAUUGCGGGUGACCGUGAGGCGGUGAAGAGAAUUGCCUACGAGUUUGUGGAAACAAAAGCCAAGGAAGGAGUCGCCUACGUGGAGGUCCGGUACAGCCCUCACCUCCUGGCCAACUCUGGUGUGGCUCCCAUCCCCUGGGGACAAGCUGAGGGAGACCUGACUCCAGAUGAAGUUGUUCAGCUCGUAAAUCAGGGACUGAAGGAUGGAGAGAGGGAUUUCCACAUCAAAGCCAGGUCUAUUCUAUGCUGCAUGCGCCAUAUGCCAAGCUGGUCUCCAGAGGUGGUGGAGCUCUGCAAGAAGUAUCAGAAUGACUCUGUGGUGGCUGUCGACCUGGCUGGAGAUGAGACCCUGAAGGUGGAGGAUUACUCUGAGCAUAAGAGGGCUUAUGAGGAGGCUGAGAGGUGUGGGAUCCAUCGCACCGUGCACGCCGGGGAGGCCGGCCCGGCCGCCAUGGUCAAGGAGGCAGUUUAUGUCCUGAAGGCCGAGCGUGUUGGCCACGGAUACCACGUGGUGGAGGACCCUGAGCUCUACAAGCAGCUGCUGAAAAUAAAGAUGCAUUUUGAGGUCUGCCCUUGGUCCAGUUAUCUCACUGGAGCAUGUUCUCCGGACUUCACCAAACACCCUGUAAUACAAUUUAAGAAGGAUCGUGCCAACUAUUCUCUAAACACGGAUGACCCCCUCAUCUUCAACUCCACCAUUGACAAGGACUAUGGCAUCGUGAAGGAACACAUGGGAUUCACUGAAGAGGAGUUCAAGAGAGUUAACAUCAACGCAGCCCAGUCCAGCUUCUUACCCGAGAAGGAAAAGCAGGAGCUGCUCAGCAAGCUGUGUGAAGCCUACGGGAUGGUCCCCAACGCGUCAUGAGCCGUCCCUGGGAGCCAGCGUGGAGUAGGGCCCUUCUUCAGCAGAGCCUGCCUCUGCUCUGUGCCAGUGGGAGCACUGGCAGGAGGUGCCCAGGGUCAGUCUCUGCUCCUGGCAGCCCUGUGUUGACCCUUACAGUGCUCAUCAGAAUCAGACUAUCACACACACCUGCUUGUGCCCCACAGUCUCGCUCCUGAAUGGAUCUCCAGCUUCCUGCCCUGCUGCUGUGCAAGCAGACUGGCUCUGCCUGACUCCCUCCUCCAUCUGCUGGGGUUUCUGUGCUGCAAAUGCAAACAGAAGAACCUCCCUUAUGGUUUUUAUCCUCCCCUCUUUCCCUGUUUUACCUGUCCUGUCCCACUGACCUGCCUGGCCCCUGCCUGCAGUGCUGAAAUAGCCACUCUCAACUCUGGCUGUGGCCUGGGUUAAUCUUCACCUUUCCAGGGAAGAGGUGUGCUAGUGCUGGCAGGGAGCGAGCAGCCCUCUCAGACACAGAGCCUUUAUUCUUGUCCCUGUGGGUGGGAGGGUCUGGUCACAGCUGUAUUUACCCAGGGUUAGUCUUGUACUAACAAGACUGGAACAAGAACAAGCUGCAAGCUGGUGCCCCUGCCCGUGCACAAGUCUGAAGGGCAUUUAAAACAAAAUACCA